CCGAGUCAAUCACCUCCAUAACUCACGUAAUGUCCGAGUCAAGCGCCCAAGACUCACUUUCCUCUGCAACCCAAGCCGUUAGAAGAUCAACAUCUUCAUCAUGGCCUCUGAACUUUCUCCUCUUCUCCAUACUAGUUCCGGUGGCGGUAGCUCUGCUAGUCCUCUACCAGCUCGACCCGUUCGACCCCGCUCCUCUGCCGCUUCAUGAGAUAAGCCACCGAAUCGCGGCUGCGCCAAGGCGUAAUGAUCAGAUGCUCAAAGGGUCGGAGUUUAUAGGUGUUGGGGUUCUAGCGGGGCCGGAAGACGUUGCUUAUGACUCAAAGUCGGGGGUCAUAUACACUGGCUGUGCUGACGGGUGGGUCAAGCGAGUCACGUUGAACGAGUCGGUUGCUGACUCGGUGGUGGAGAACUGGGUUAACACCGGCGGGAGACCACUCGGACUCGCUCACGGCCAUAACGGUGACCUUUUGGUAGCGGACACAGAAAAGGGACUACUGAGAACAAGUGAGGCUGGAGAAGUGGAGCUGCUGACUGAUGAGGCUGAGGGUGUAAAAUUCAAGCUAACAGAUGCUGUAGACGUAGCAAAAGAUGGCAUGAUUUACUUCACAGAUGCUUCGUAUAAAUACAGCUUCCAUGACUUCAUUUGGGACAUUUUGGAGGGCAGACCCCAUGGAAGAUUACUCAGUUAUGAUCCAACAACCAAAGAGACGAAAGUGCUAGUCCCCGACCUCUACUUUGCUAAUGGAGUUGCAGUCUCUCCGGAUCAGAAGUUUGUGAUCUUCUGUGAAACUGUCAUGAGAAGAUGUAAAAAGUACUACCUGCAAGGCGAGAAGAAGGGACACGUAGAGAACUUCAUCGACAGCUUGCCGGGCACCCCUGAUAAUAUCCGAUAUGAUGGGGAAGGCCAUUACUGGAUUGGAUUGGCUACGGAGAUUACAGUUUCUUGGGAUCUAGCACUUAGGUACCCUUUUAUUCGAAAAUGGCUGGCAAUCAUGGAGAAGUAUACAGCAGGCAAACCACAUAUGGAGAAAAAUUCUGGUGUAAUGGCUGUUAAUCUGGAAGGGGAACCUAUUGACCACUACUCUGAUCCAGGGUUAUCACUCAUUUCAAGUGGGAUCAAGAUUGGAAAUUACCUGUACUGCGGUUCAAUUGUAUAUCCAUACAUUAUCCGCUUCGAUCUGGAACAUCAUCCUGCACAGGCCACUACAUAAGCACCCAAAAAGACUAGUGCAUUUCCCUUUGAUGUGUAACUAUUCACUUGUGCUAUGUUCAUAGCUACAACUUCCCUCUAUAAGACUUAUUAUUUAUAGUUCCUUCCUUCAAGAGAGGCUGCCCAACACCUUUGCUUUUUCUCUGAGAAUGAACUUUUGUAUCUUUCCUGUUGAAGUCUUUGGUAUAUCAUCGAAAAUGACUGUCCGGGGAGCCAUGUAAUGAGGCAUAUGAUAGCGGCAGAACUCAAUUAGUUCUUGUGCAUCCACAUCAAAGCCCUCCUUCAAUUUCACAAAUGCACAGGGAGUUUGCCCCCAAUGAUUAUCUGGCCUUGCAACAACUGCAGCCUCAAGAACUGCUGGAUGGCUAAACAGAACUGUUUCAACCUCAACUGUGCUUAUGUUCUCACCCCCAGAUAUAAUCACAUCCUUCAACCGGUCCUUG